AUGAUUCAAUUGAAAGGUAAAAAUGCAUUGAUCACGGGUGGAAGUGCUGGUUUAGGUGCAGCAAUUGCCCACCAAUUAGCCGCAGAAGGAGUCAAUAUAGCCAUCAAUUACGCCAACAACAAACACCGUGCCAACACAUUAGCAGCCGAGUUGCAAGACAAGUAUGGAGUUAAAACUAUUGUUUUACAAGCUGAUGUUUUCCAAAUGAAAGAAUUGAGUCAAUUGGUUGAAUCGACAGUUGAGCAAUUGGGCGGCAUAGAUAUUUUAAUCUCAAAUGCUGGAUGGACCAAGUUUAUUGAGUAUGAUGAUUUAGACGGAAUGGAUGAGGAAGCAUGGGAUGGUACAUUUAAUGCUAAUGUUAAAGCCCAUUUUUUCCUUUUCAAGGCAGCUAAACCAUACUUCGAUGCUAAUGAAGAUGGUGGUGUAUUUAUCGCUAGUGCAUCAGUUGCUGGGCGUAUAUCGUAUGGAUCAUCAAUCCCUUAUGCAGUAAGUAAAGCUGGGUUAAUACAUUUAAUUAAAUUUUUAGCCAAGACCCAAGGACCCAAGGUGAGAUUGCAUGCAGUUUGUCCUGGAUUACUUUUAACUGAAUGGGGCAAGAAAUUUCCACAAGACAAGAUUGACAUUUCUAAACUGAGAUCGCCUAUCGGACAAGUUACUGAUGUUGAUGAAUGUGCUGCUCAAUACGUGUUGUUGAGUAAGUUGGCUACAUCUACUGGUACCAUUGUUGGAAUGGAUGCUGGCAUUUCAUUGUGA